AUGGCGAUGCCACAACAAAUGGCUUCCCACUAUGACAUUGUCAUUGUCGGAGCUGGCCCUGUCGGCUUAAUGCUUUCAACAUGUCUAGCCCGCUGGGGUUAUAAAAUAAAGCACAUCGAUAACCGCCCUGAGCCGACAGCCACAGGCCGCGCAGAUGGCAUCCAGCCCCGGUCUCUCGAUCUGCUCCGCAACAUGGGCCUCAAGUCUGCCAUCAUGGCGCACAAUCCUGCGCGCGUUUUCGAGGUUGCAUUCUGGGACCCUUCUGAUUCAGCAUCCGGAAUUCAGAGAACAGGUACAUGGGCAUCGUGUCCAGAUUUCAUUGAUGCGCGCUACCCAUUCACCACUCUCCUGCAUCAAGGCCACAUCGAACGCGUUUUCCUGUCUGAUCUCGAGAAGAACGGUGUCGAAGUUCAACGACCAUGGACUAUUACCGGCUUUCAGUCAGAGGAGUCGCAAAGCUCAGAAUACCCCGUCACAGUGCAGCUUGAGCAUGUAGAUGGCACCGCCAAGGAGCAAAUACACGCGAAAUAUCUAUUUGGCGGCGAAGGAUCAAGGUCGUUUAUCCGCCAGCAAUUGAAUAUUGAACUUCGCCACAAAGACCCUAUUUCUCAUGUCUGGGGUGUCAUGGAUGGCGUUGUGCAGACCAAUUUUCCCGAUAUCAAGAUGAAAUGCACCAUUCAUAGCCACCAUGGAUCUAUCAUGGUUAUUCCCCGUGAAGACAACAUGGUUCGUUUAUAUAUCCAAAUCGCAUCAUCGACAGAUUCGGAUUGGAACCCUCGCAAGACAGCCACUGCAGAGCAGGUCAAGGAAUCCGCCAAAAAGAUUUUCCAGCCUUAUUCUAUUCAAUGGGAACGCGUCGAGUGGUACUCAGUAUACCCCAUCGGGCAGGGACUAUCGGAUCGAUAUUCCCUGGACCAGCGCGUCUUUAUCGGUGGCGAUGCCUGUCAUACUCAUAGUCCCAAAGCUGGACAGGGAAUGAACACGGCUUUUCUGGAUGCGCAAAACUUGGCAUGGAAGAUACAUGCCGUAGAGGCUGGCUUCGCCGCGCGUGAUAUUCUCAAGACAUAUGAGGUGGAACGGCGCAGCGUCGCUCAAGCUCUACUGGACUUUGACAACCGCUAUGCCAAGCUUUUCUCACAGCGCCCUCCUGAGCAAGGCGACGUCGAUGCGGCGUCAAAAUCACAUCCUUCCGACGAAAUGACCGAUAGUGAGUUUAUCAAGACGUUCAAAGAGUCUUGCGAGUUCACAAGCGGAUACGGGGUCUCAUAUGGACCUAAUGAGAUCAACUGGUCCUCGAAACAUGCUGCUCAGUCGCCAUUAAUUCAUCCUGCCGGGACAACACUCACGACUGGUCGCAUUUUCAAGAAUUCAGAUGUGACAAGAGUUUCUGACGCGAAUGUUGUUCAUCUUGAGCAGCAAGUGCCGUGGAAUGGAUCAUUCAGACUAUUUCUCUUUGCCGGCAAUCCUAGCAAAACUGCUACCGCAGUUGCUGAUUUCGCCCACUACCUGCAGGAUAAGCGCUCCUUCUACGCCAGCUACCUCCGAGACGAUAUUGAUCAAGUAUCGUACCAUGAAAGACAUAACCCACACAGCAAAUUCUUCACCAUCUGCACCAUCUUCGCCGCAAAGCGCCACCAGAUCGAGAUCGAAGACCAGGUUCCGCCCCUGCUAGCACGAUACCGAGAUCACAUCUACGCAGAUGAUCGAUGGGAUCGUCAUUUUCCCAACUCUGAUGCCACUGCGCAUGCUCGCAUGGGGCUCGACUCCGAGGAAGGAGGAGUCGUUCUUGUCCGACCCGAUGGCUACGUCGCCAUGGUCAUCCGCCUCGUUGAGGGCAGCAGCACGGUAGAAGCGCUAAACGAGUACUUUUCUGCUUUUUGCACGAAGAAGAUGGGCGGCCUCACAUCGCAUCUCGCGGAUGGCACCAAAGCAUCACGAUGCAUCGACGCCAAAGAUUGGGGACUUGUAGAGAGCCCCGGGAUUUCCAUUUGA